AUGGCGUGGCGCGGCGCUGCGUCCCGCACCGUCCUCGCCGCGGUCCGCCGCCCGGCACCCUCCGCCGCGCUCGGCGGCCUCCGCGCCCCUCCUCCCUUCGCGGCCCCGCGCCGCCGGAUCCCUUCCCCCUUCGCCCCCUCCCACUCCACCUCCCCGCUCGGGGCCGCACGGCCCCUGGCGGCCAUGAUGGGGUCGCCGCUGACGGCGGCGGUGGUGCUAGGGCGGAUGACGGCGCACCCGUCUGCCAGCGCCCGGGCCUGCUGCGAGCUCUCCCAGGGUACCCUCUUUUUCUGCCGUACUUGUCAGGAUCGCUAA